GCCCGACCUUGCUGCUGCACCGGUGAGGGAGGAUUUGAGAGCGCAGACUGAUGCUUUGCGAGAUGCCGCGGCUGCUGUUGAUGACCUACAACUCGUCAUUGGUGGCUGGGAUGAUGCGAAGAGAGGAGAAAUCGAGCAGGAAGUCCGCGAUCUCUUCUCGAAGAUUGAAGCCUCACCCCUGUUGUUGAACAUCCACGUACCCUUUGUGCGCAGCAGGUUUGCAAGAGUAGAGCUACUUUUCACGAGCAGUAGCAUAGCGGAACGACGUCGCAUCCAGACUCUGACUCUUGAAGCUCUAAAGAAGGCCCUUGCAGACUACACUAGUGGGAUACAGGGACAGCAGGCAAAGCGCCUUUGGGUCACGAGGAACAGAUCCAAGGAGGACAGGGAGAAGAUCCGUGCACUUGUUAGUAUGAAGGACUAUGCGAAGCGUUACCUUGACGAAGGCCAGAUUGAUCUCGACUGGCGAGGGCGACUUUGGUUGAAGGGAGAACAGGUCCUUUAUUGGCAUGUUUGGAAGAAGCCUGUUGAUGGUUCGGUGAUGUUGACCAAUGCUGCUGGUGAUGAAACCGAAUGGUGGGUUGAUUCAGACCAGUUUGCAAAGCUUCUCAACUUGCCGGCGGAUCAGGUUAGGAAGUUGGAGGAUUUUCUCAUCUCCCCGAUGGGGGCAGGGCUAUGGGUAGAUCCUUUUGGCUGGGUACUGCCCAUCUUCCUCACCAGCAACGCCCUGACGCCGAGGUUUCAUGAUGUUGUCAUGUUGGGACUCGAUGCCAACCAAGAUCCUUUGAAUUCGAACCCACACUUUCCCGCACUGUCCCGCCUUCAGUUCCUUGCCCGACACCGCGGACUGGAAUUCAACAUGCAUGCAGGGGCCACAUGGGAGGUCAGGCCUCAAGAUGCGACCCCGAAGACCAAGGCACGGUUGUGGAAGAUGGAGUGGUCUGUCGUCACCAUGGAGCCCGCCUUCCAAAUCGAAGGAGCGAACCAGGCUGGCAUCCGAGGCGACAGGGCGGCCAUUGCGCAUCUUAGGAGAAGCGCAAGCCAGACCUUUUCAGAUGGAAGCCUUAUUGAGCGCUUAGGUAAGCUGGCCUCCUUCUUCACGGACAUUUUGCUCGGCAACAAACCUGUGCCCCAGGCUCUGGAAGCUAUCACAGCCGCACAGGCCACCAUGAAGCUCUACCGUCAGUCAACUGGCAAACAGUUGUUCGAUCACCCGGACACCCCGGUUUCAGAGAAGUUGGCUCUAUUCCAGUCCUACAUCACUUCCAAGUGGGCUUGGUGUGUUGACCCGCUUCAACCUUUCCUGACCAACACCAUUGCCAGGAUAACGAUGCUUUGUGCCUCCUCCCACAAGAAGCCUUUGCACACCACAUGUUCUGCCAUCAGGACCCAGGACUUCACGUCUGCUCGAUACUACGCGAACGGAUCGGGCCAAGCGGCAGGCACGUGGGGCACGGCCCUAGCCUUGCUGAGUGUGGUUCCGGAUCAAGUGUGGACCAUCCUCGGAACUAUGUUGGUGAUGCUCUUUGCGAAGUGGCUCUUCACACCGCCUGCUCCAAGGCCUGUGAGUGCUGCCACCUCGAAACCCACGGUCCCGAGUGAGGCUGCAGAACUUUCUGGUCCGAAGCAAGAGCAACAGGAGGCGGAGCCAUCGAGACACUCUCGAUGGGGUGGAAAAGAAGCACCUAAGGACCAAGGAAGUGCUGCUGUGGUCGAAGCCAGGGCUGAUGAUCCUCAGCAAGUUCCGAAGUCGCCCACUACCCAGCCGCAAAGUUUUGGACCCAAAGAAGUCACCAAGGUUGUUGAGCCGGACAAGCCGGUGGCUAAGGGCGUUGCCGAGGGGGCCAAAUCGGAUGCGGCCCCCAAGCCGGCCGUGGAUGCUACAGCGACGCCACCCACGACCACGACAGCUACCACUCCGGCGACCACCACACCUGCGACGGCCACCCAGACGACCGCUCAGGCCAAAGCAACUGGAACGCCGAAAGCAGCUGCAGCCGCGACACCACAGGUGACAGCCCAGGUGAUGUUCAAAGCCAUUCAGGAGGUGAAGACGGACGUGCAGCGACUGUCAACCAGGGUGGAGGCGAUCGAGAAGAUUCUCGGUAUCAUGUCCGAGAAGAUUGGCCCCCUGCAUGCCAACAUUGUCAAUAUGCAGAAAGCCCAGGACAGCCACUACAAGGAGUUUGCACAGAGCUUCGCAAAGGUGUGUGGCAACAUGCGUUGCAACUUUGAGGAAAGCCAGCAGCUCGCCCGCGACAACCACCACAACCUCGAGCAGCGGGUGGGCGCAGCAGAAUCGAAGCUUGUGGGAGGAAUACAGCGGACGUUGGACAAAAUCACCAACUGUGACUAUCAGACAAAUCAAGCUUUUAGUCAGAAGAUGGAAAAUGUGGCAUCGGAGCUUUUAGCUGCGAUGCAUUUUUCGCAAAAUGAGUUGGCCGAAGUCAAACAGACUUUGGGCUCGACAAGCGAAGAAGUGCACUCCAUAAAGGAGAUGUGCGAAAG